AAGGUAGAAGAAAGUUGCUCUUUCAAUUGCUCAGGGCGAUAGGAGUAAGAUUGUUCACAAAUUCAACCUCCAUAGGAGAAAUCGAUCUGCAAUCUCACUGGGCAUGAAACCCUAAUCAAGCGAAGUCUUGAUCGCCAUCUUUGUCUGGGGGAUAACCUCUCGUUGACGCUCGUCUCUUAGGUCCAUCAGUAAGGUCGUGAAUUGAUCCCCCCUGGUUUCGCUAGGAUUCUGAAGAUCUGUUGGAAUAUCUGUUGGGUUUGAUAAUCUGAAAUGGAUGGCAACAAGGACGAUGCGUUAAAAUGCUUGAAAAUUGGGAGAGAGGCCUUAGAAAGCGGGGAUCGGGUUCGCGCUUUGAAAUUUGUCGCGAAAGCUCGCCGUCUUGACCCGACUUUGCCCGUUGGCGAUCUGUUGGCGACGAUAGAGAAAGAUACAGGUGACCAACCGCCGGCGGCGGCUGCCAAUGGACCAUCAGUGACGUCUUCAUCGAAACCCUCUGAUCAACCUUCUCUUCGACAAAGGGUUUCGACAGCAGGGUCUUCAUCUUCUACGUCAUCAGCUACAUAUACGGAGGAGCAAAUUACGAUUGUUAGAGAGAUUAUGAGGAAGAAGAAUUAUUAUGAAAUUUUGGGAUUGGAGAAGAGCUGUUCGGUCGAAGAUGUGCGAAAAGCGUACAGGAAACUGUCUUUGAAGGUUCAUCCUGAUAAGAACAAAGCUCCUGGUGCUGAUGAAGCGUUUAAGGUUGUGUCUAAAGCUUUCCAGUGUCUAAGUAAUGAAGAGAGUCGAAAGAAGUAUGAUCUCGUUGGAGAGGAUGAAUCCAUUUACGAAGGACGUGCUGCAAGGCAGACAACACGAGCAUAUAAUGGCCAUUAUGAAGCUGAUAUCGAUGCGGAGGAAAUAUUUAGGAAUUUCUUCUUUGGUGGAAUGGCUCCUGCAACACCUUUUGGUGGCUUUAGUUUUGGACCGGGGAUGGGUCCCAGACCGGCUGAACAUGGGUCUAGUGGCUUUAAUGUUCGCGCUUUAAUUCAGUUGCUUCCUGUUCUGCUUAUUCUGCUUUUGAACUUCUUGCCGUCUUCAGAUCCUGUCUAUUCACUUUCUCGACAGUAUCCAUAUGAACAUCGGUUUACUACACCAAAGGGUGUCAACUAUUAUGUUAAGUCGGCCAAAUUUGAUCAAGACUACCCACCAGAUAGCCAUGAGCGAACAACACUUGAAGAUAGGGUUGAGAGUGAUUAUCUCAAUAUUCUUAGAGAGAAUUGUCGGCUUGAGUGGCAUCGCCGCCAAUGGGGAUAUAUACGGGAAAUGCCACAUUGUGAAAUGCUUCGCAAGUUUGAACCGGUGAACUAAUGAGUGAAUUAAGGUUCUAUUUUUUAUCUCCUAGUCUGAGACAUAAAUUUGCCUAUUUGUGACGAUGAUAUAGAAAAUACAAUUAAGUUUUCAGUUUGAUAUCCGUGAAUCAGUUCAUAAUAAGUCACGGUGUAGAUUGCUAGUGCUCAAACUUUAUCGAACAUCUCCUAUGGUUCUUCCUUUCACAUAUUAAAAGCAGUCAUUACCAGUAAUAGAAUGUGUUGCCUUGCUUAUGUACUGAUACUAUUGACUAUUAAUGUUAUCAUUUUGUUAAGUGAUUUA